CACUUCUCUCUUUCCGGUUCUAACCACCGUAGAGACUAGUGCUUGUUCUCUUCGUGAGCUAAGGCCAAUUUUCCAAAGGCAACUUGCACAAUUGCAAAUCGUACAAAAACUCUUUGACGAUGUCCACCAACGCCGAACUCGCCUGCGUGUACGCCGCGCUCAUCUUGGCCGAUGACGACGUCAACGUCAGCGGUGACAAGCUCGCCACCAUCAUUAAAGCCGCUGGUGUCGAUGUGGAGCCGUACUGGCCUGACUUGUUCGCUUCGGCCCUGCAAGGCAUUAAGAUCAAGGAACUGAUCACCAACAUCGGAUCUGGUGCCGGUGCCGCCCCAGCUGGUGGUGCUGCUCCGGCUGCGGCCGCCCCUGCAGCUGCUGCACCCGCUGCCAAGAAGGAGAAGGAACCAGAGCCAGAGGAAUCUGAUGAUGACAUGGGUCUUGGUCUCUUUGAUUAGGAUUAAGAUAUUCCAGCAACAACAGCAACAAAACAACAACAAAUAAAAAAAUAUGCAUAGUGUGCAUAAGAUGAAAGAAAAGUGAAAUAAAAACAAGUUUUUUUAUUAUUUCCAA